AUGACGAGCUCCGCUACCGCGUCCACGGCCAUUGAGAACCCGGAUGCACUUGCACGUCUCAAUGCAGCCAUCAUGGGUGAGCGGAACCCUCGCGGUAUCCCGUCAGCCGUCUUCGUGGACUCUGUGGACUCGUUCAUGAGCACGUGUGGCGCCGAGACAAUUGAUCCGCUCGUAGGUGCAUUGCAGCAGAUGUAUAGCAAGUACAAGUUCAUGGAAACGAGUCUGCAAAAGAGUCGCGAGACGUUCAAGCGCAAGAUUCCAGACACCGAAAAAGAUUUGGCAAUUGUGCGACACGUAAUCGCCAAGCGCGAUGCAGGCGAGACGCUCAAAACGCACUUUAAUAUGGCCGACAAUGUCUACGCCAAGGCCGAGGUGGACUGUUCUGUGGGGAAGGUCUGUAUCUGGCUCGGUGCUCACGUUAUGGUCGAGUACGAGUACGAAGAAGCUCUGAAGUUGCUGGAAAAGAAUGUGGCCUCUGCAACAGAGAAGCUGGUCCAGAUUGAAGAGGACUUGUCUUUUUUGCGCGACUCGAUCAUUACGACCGAAGUGAACAUUGCGCGCAUAUUUAAUUACGACGUGCGGCGUCGUCGCCUGGAACAGGAUAGCAAGCUGGCGGUUGGAGUCAAUGAGGAGAAGUGA